GGGCCGCGCUCGCCGCUGUGUCAGUGUGCCUCUGGCUCCCGUGGAAGGAAGCUCCUGACAAACACGGCAGCGCUUUCUGGGCAGAAAUAAGCUCUGCCUUUUUCUUCUGUGGCUCUUCCAAUCUUGGAAUAAAAUCCGAACAAAAAUGUUGAUUCUAGUGUCUGGAAGAGUUUAUUAGUGCCUGGGCAGCAUUCCUGACUUCAUGUGCCCACCUCUGGUUUUCAGGGAAGUCUGGUACUCUUUACCUGGGUCAUGAAUCCUUCCAUGCUCCAAAGGUUGGUACUAAGAAGUGCCUUUCCUGACGUCGCUGCUGCUUGGGACCGCUUCUAGAGCAGCCGCUGCUUUUGCCUUGCUUGCUGCCAGCUAGACUGCGACGACAGCGCUCCGCCGCUGCCAGCCCCGCGCCGCCGGGAGGAGGGUCCGGCGCCGCUCCCCCGCCGCCGCUGCACUGUGCACUAAAGUGUGCCGCGAAGGUCAGAGCUCUGCUGCCCGAAAGCCGAGGAGAGGAGGAGAAAAAGCCCAGCCUAAACCCGGUGUCGGUCGUUGCUCUAAACUGCUGCAUCUGUCUAUGCCAAACUAAUCGAUCCCGGUUGCACCGCAGAGCCCGCUGCGAGCCCGCUGCCCGGAGGCACCUGCCCGCCGCCGUCCCCGGGAGCAGCUCGGGAGCCGCUGCCGGAGCCGCCACGUGCCCAUGCUUGCGGCGGCCGCACUCAGGACGGGAUGCUGAGCGCUGCGCGGGGCUAGUCCGGCCACGCUCCCUCCCGCUGCCCGCCCGGCCUCCCCAGCCCCGCUAACGGUGCCACGCUCCCAACUCUGUGACACAGCUCUUCUCGGGAUCGCAGCCACCCGGUUUUACACGCACUUGUUUUAAAAUAGGGAGCGGGGGAAAAAAGUGUUCUGGAGGUGGCACUUUCGUAAUUUUCAGUUUAUCAGUUCAGCUACCCGUUUGCCCAUUUUUAUUGGAAAUUUUAACUACCUGUAAAAUCUAAAGAUGGCUGUUAGCGUCACACCGAUCCGGGACACAAAAUGGCUAACGCUGGAAGUGUGUAGGGAGUUCCAAAGGGGGACUUGCUCACGACCAGACACGGAAUGUAAAUUUGCACACCCAUCGAAAAGCUGCCAAGUUGAAAAUGGACGCGUAAUCGCCUGCUUUGACUCAUUGAAAGGUCGAUGUUCAAGGGAAAACUGCAAAUAUCUUCACCCACCACCACACUUAAAAACGCAGCUGGAGAUCAAUGGGCGCAAUAACCUGAUCCAGCAGAAGAACAUGGCCAUGCUGGCCCAGCAGAUGCAGCUGGCCAAUGCCAUGAUGCCCGGAGCCCCGCUGCAGCCCGUGCCAAUGUUUUCUGUUGCGCCCAGCUUAGCCACCAACGCGUCAGCCGCCUUCAACCCCUACCUGGGGCCCGUGUCGCCAGGCCUGGUCCCUGCUGAGAUCCUGCCCACGGCGCCGAUGCUGGUGACAGGGAACCCCGGCGUGCCGGUCCCUGCCGCCGCCGCCGCCGCCGCCCAGAAGCUGAUGAGGACAGACAGGCUGGAGGUGUGUCGAGAGUACCAGCGUGGGAACUGCAACCGGGGAGAGAACGACUGCCGGUUCGCUCACCCCGCCGACAGCGCCAUGAUCGACACCAACGACAACACCGUCACCGUCUGCAUGGAUUACAUCAAAGGGAGGUGCUCCCGGGAAAAGUGCAAAUAUUUUCACCCUCCCGCACACCUGCAAGCCAAGAUCAAGGCUGCCCAGUACCAGGUUAACCAAGCUGCAGCUGCCCAAGCAGCAGCGACUGCAGCUGCCAUGACUCAGUCGGCUGUCAAAUCACUGAAGCGACCCCUCGAGGCAACCUUUGACCUGGGAAUUCCUCAAGCUGUACUUCCCCCCUUACCAAAGAGGCCUGCGCUUGAAAAAACCAAUGGUGCCACCGCAGUCUUUAACACUGGUAUCUUCCAAUACCAGCAAGCUCUUGCCAACAUGCAGUUACAGCAGCAUACAGCCUUUCUCCCACCAGGCUCAAUAUUGUGCAUGACACCCGCUACAAGUGUUGUUCCCAUGGUGCACGGUGCUACGCCAGCCACUGUGUCUGCAGCAACAACAUCUGCCACAAGUGUUCCCUUCGCUGCAACAGCCACAGCCAACCAGGCUUAUAAAGAUGUGGCCCUUCAUCUGCCCGGGCUGGUGUGGAAGGUCCUUGGUCUGUUCGACAGCACUGCCCCUGAUGCUGCUCCAGUCGGGUGCCGCAGCCUGUCCUGCAGCAGCAGGAAAACAUGAUACCCAUAAUAUCUGCCGAACAUCUGACUAGCCACAAGUAUGUUACACAGAUGUAGACAUUUGGUCAUCAAACAAUGGUAUCGGCGGCGAAGAGGCCGGACUGGGGUGGGAAGAGGCCGAGCUCAUUAGCCAUAGUGUAUGUAAAUACUGUCCAGCAGCACUGGGAACCCCUCAGCAGUGACAUCACACAUUGCAUGUUAACGAGACGAAGCGAGACCGUGGGACUCCACUGCACACUGUUGCCUAUCUACUUUGUACAUUGAAUUGGUAUUUGUGCUGAGGUGAUUCUCGUCCGGCCCGCAGCAUCGUCCGCCUUUCCCGGCGCCGCCGGGCGCCGCUGGGCUCUCCCCACGCCGCCCGAAAGACCGACGAUGCUGUAACCAGACAUCUAUUAUGUAUUGGUACGUCUGUAGACCAAGAUAUAAUUUUUUAAAGUAAGUUUAUUUCUUUCAAGGUUUACAAAUAACGAAGGUGCACCUUGUAUUUAAAAUUGCCAUUAUAGACGAGAGCGUGCAUGCACAGUAAUUUUUUGUUUAAGAGUAAUAUUUUUAAUGUAAUAGAUUGUAAGAAAUGAGAAGAGAGGAAUCUGACAGAGAUGAAUGUGCCAAGCAAAACCACAACUGUGUAUAUUUUAAAGCACAUCAAUGGCUUUAAGUACCACGUUGUUAAGGAUUCUCAUGAAGUGCCAUAGACUGUACAUCCAUCAGAGUAUUAUUUCCGCAGUGUUAUUUUCAGAACCACGUUUUCACUGACUUGAUGAGUACUGAUCAGUCAAAGGGCACCAUUCUGUUUCAAACCAAAGCUGUCUCAGAAAUGGCCAAUUGCUCCUCACAGCCAGUGGGCAGCAGCAGAGAGAUGCUCCAGCUGUGCAUAACCCUUACGGACAAUAUUACCUAUAAACUCUCCCAAGGCGUUGUAUGUCGUAUUUAUGCAUAGUUACUGUAUAAGGUGAUCUGCAAAGGGAAAAGCCAUUUCUGAGACACAGUAACAAAUGUUUGAGGAACUUCUUUUGCUCUAUUUAUAGCCUCUGUCUCGAGUCACAAGGACUAUAAAUGUUUUGCAGAGAUGGGUUUCACUUUAAUUCAUCAAGUCCCGCGUCCGCGGCGACUCUAAACAAAGACGCAGAAGCACUGACAGCAGAUGCAUGACAAACCAAAAUAGGACAAAUGAGACGUUAAUUAGUGUAGAAAUUGGGUGGGUUAAUACUCGGGUGAGUUUUAUAUGUGAUUUUUUUUUGUUCAGAUUAACUGCUUAUAGCCUUAGAAAGCCUUUACAAAAUAAAAACAAACAAAUAGAUGUGCAUUCAAGUUCUAAGAAUGGAUUCAUCCAAAGGAAUUCCUUUUUGUGGUUUGGAUGUUGCAGCCAGUAAAGGAUAUUUUUGCUCUGUUCAGCCAGGGGCUGCCUGGGGCCAGGCCCCGGGCGGGCAGGGAGGGAGAGGCACGGGUUCGGUUCUAGAACUCGCCAUACUCCGAGUUUACCGCGAGUUUUUAUGCUUGAGAGAGAUGCUUUAUAGAUAAGAAUGAUGUGUUGAUUUUCCUGAUUGUACUGUACAUCUAUUAAAGCCUUAGAUUAUUACAUUACGGGUUAAAACCCAUACCAAUGUAAUUUCAAUCGUGUUAAGAAAGUAUAGGUGACUUCACAUGUUAUUGUAGUGACUUACCAUAGAGAAUUUACUUAUUUUUUUCUUGUUAAAAGUGUAGUUUUUAUUUCUUACAUUUAUUAGCUCGUUUUCAUUUUCUAUUACCAGUUGAUACCAUUUCAGUUCAUAGAAUUUUGUUUUAUUAGAGUUUACUGAUGACUUUUUCAAAAUACAAAAAAAAAAAAAGUAGUUUUCUUCAUAACAUACUCAGUUUGGAAUCUAUAUGUAGUGUCUUAUGAGUAUUCGUAUUAUUGUUAACUAAAUGAUUUCUAUUUUACUGAUCUAAUACGACAAUGUAAGAAUGUCAGUCAUUGUUAGUUCUUGUCUAGUUUUCAUUCAAAGAACAAAGAUCUUUUAUAUGGAUAUCUUAUAAUUAUAUAAUCAUUGCUAAGUAAGAAGUUAAGUUGUUGCUAUGGCAACAAUCCUGGCAGACAAUUGAGUAAUAUUUUGAUGAUUUAUUUUGUUUGUAAUUAGUUAUUAUGAGAAAAAAAAAUCUAGUUCCUAGAUAUUAGAAUAAAAUUUAUUUUCUACUGUAUCCAUUUCAAAUGUUAAAAUAUUGUUUAAAUAUUUUUUGAAAUCCCUGAAUAUCAGGCCUUGUUAUAAAUAAGCUGCAUAAUCAAUAGAUCAAGGGACUUUUUGUUGAUAAUCCAAAUACUCAAAGUUUACGUAACAAGAAUUCUAGUGUGUGUGUGCAAACUCUUGAGGGUUGAUUAUGCUGCAGUUGGGACGUCGAGAGCGAAGGUUGACUUUUUGCACUUCUGUAUAUAGUCAAAAAAGAGAGAAACCUGUAUAAUAGUAAGAUCUUAUUUUGAAUAAAAAUGUCUAUAAUUACAAGGAGUUUUGUUAAGGCUAAAUAAAAUGACAGGCUGAACAAAAUUGCUUGCAAAAGUGGCACAGAGUUAGCACUCCAUCCCCCUUCCAAAAAGUUGCUUUGCUUUAUGUGGACAGCUUGUAGUUUGCCAGGAUUUUUUCAGCUGGAAAGAUCUGCCAUCCUUCCGAGAUCUCAUGACUGACAGAAGCUCCACUGGGUCAAAUCUGCCUGAAAAUCAUUAAGAAACAAAAAAAAGGAAAAAAAAAAAAAGGAAAAAAAGAAAAAAAAAACGCAGGUACUUCAGCCCAUCCAGGGAAUCAUGGCUCAGAUAUUCCGUACAUUAUUCAAAAUCUACUGCAUGUUUAAAGUAUCAAAAUAUAUUAAAGAUAUAUGCUAUUCAAACCAGUUUCUGACAAUUUCAGUGGUUUCUUGUUCACAAAAAAAGAUUCUUCAAAACAAGUACUGACAUUCACAGAGUUCAACCAUGGACAGGCAAACGGAUCAGCACCCGUAGCUGUAGGGUAGGGGAUCGUGUUCUCUCGCAGGGGUCCUGUUCUUUCAGCAGGUGAGGAACAGCCUGGGAGAGGUUCCCUUGUCAUGGAAGCCGUGCGGGAGCCCGCUCGUGCUGUGGUGCCAGGGCUGGGAGCUGCCACAGUCAGUGAUUAAUGAAUUAAUGAAUUAAUGAAUUAACGAGCUGCAGCCCCCGGGCCAUCUGCUGGAAGGACGGGCGCGCUUGGGUUUGCUCUUACGUAACCACAGACUUACUUUGCUUGUAGUUGCUCCAGUUAUGUACUCUGUCCUGGGCUGCAAUUUGGGUUUAUGCUUAUUUUAUUAUUACUGCUAUAGUUGACCUUGCUGUAUGGAAAAAAUAAAGUGAAAUUGCCCUAAUAAAA